AUGACCAAAGGUUUUGGAGAGAAACUAGGCCAAGGAGGCUAUGGUGAUGUUUACAAAGGAAAACUCCGAAGUGGAAAUAAAGUAGCAGUAAAAAUGCUAAGAAAUUUAGGAGGAAAUGAGCAUGACUUCAUGAAUGAAAUUGCAACUAUUGGAAGGAUCCACCAUGUCAAUGUGGUGAAACUUGUUGGAUACUGUGCACACGGAUCCAAACGUGCCCUUGUGUUUGAUUUCAUGUCAAAUGGUUCCUUGGACAAGUACCUAUUCAAUCAAGAGAAAAUGAAUUCUUUGAAUUGGGCUAAGAAAUUUGAGAUUGCAGCGGGAGUGGCUCGAGGGAUUGAGUAUUUGCACCGAGGUUGUGACAUCCAGAUUCUGCAUUUUGACAUCAAACCUCACAAUGUGCUUCUCAAUGAUAACUUCAUCCCAAAAGUAUCAGAUUUUGGGCUUGCGAAAUAUUUCUCCAAAGAAAAGAACAGUGUGACCUUGACCGCAGCCAGAGGUACCAUAGGCUAUGUUGCUCCGGAAUUGAUCAACAGAGGCAUUGGCACAAUCUCAUACAAAGCUGAUGUGUAUAGUUUUGGAAUGAUGCUAAUGGACAUAGUUGGCUUAAAGAGAGAUUUGGUUGGAAACAAUGAUAGUUCUAGCAAGUAUUUUCCGUAUUGGAUAUAUGAUCACAUCAACCAAGGCAAGGACUAUACUGAAAUUGCAUGUGUUGAUAAAAAUGACGGCACGAGGGAAGUUUGUCGAAAGAUGACAAUAGUUGCAUUGUGGUGCAUACAAAUGAAUCCAGGUGAUCGUCCUUCGAUGAAUGAAGUGUUGAAAAUGUUGGAAGGAGAUGUUGAGCAUCUACGGAUUCCUGAAUAUCCAUCUCAGUCAACGCAGACAGUAGCAAAUGUGGAUCAAACAGGAACUACAUGUUCGUCUGAUUAUGUGUCAUUUCCACACCAUGAUGAUUCUUUUCCCAGUGUGGAGAUCACUGUGCAAGAGUGA